GUGUAACGAAAUGGUCAAAAUCCAAGAUGAAUUGCGUGGAUGGUAGACUUGCAAGCAAGUGCGUAGAAUGUGUGUACGACGAGCUGCGACAGACCCGAGGACUCAGCGACGCACUUAUCAUAGUGGACCAUGUGGAGUUCCACGUCCAUAAGAUCAUCAUGUGCAACUGCAGCCCGUACUUUGGAGCCCUCUUUCUACGAUGGUCCACGCCAGACCAGAAGGUCUAUGCCAUACAAGGUCUUACAGCUCACUUAAUGCAGCUCUUCAUUGAUUUCGCAUACACUGCCUGUGUGUUGGUGACACAGGACAAUGUUAAGGACUUGUUGAUAGCCGCCGAUAAGUUCAACGUCAUAGGCAUCGUUGAAAUCUGCUGCGUGUUUCUAACUGAGCAGCUCUGCCCAGAGAACUGCAUCGGCAUCUGGCAGUUCACGAGGAACUGCCACACUCCACAGCUGCAGAGCAAUGCCUACCAGUAUAUUUUAUACCACUUUGAGGAGGUCGCCACCUCGGACGAAUUGCGGCAACUCUCCAUGCAGGACUUCAGUGACAUGCUCGACAGAGACGACCUGAUCGUGAAAAAGGAGAACAUCGUUUACGAGGCCAUCCUGCACUGGAUUGCACACGAGCCUUGGGAGCGUGGCAGAAACAUGCCGAUGCUCCUGGCCAAGGUCCGUCUCGCACUGACCAGUCAGGAGUACAUCACCAUCAAUGUGCUGACCAACCAGCUGGUGCAGAACAGCCGUGAAUGCCUGGAGAUGGUCACUUUUGCGUCGCGCGUGAUAAGCCACAUGGCAACAAACUCCGUGUCUGCGUACUGCAACCUGGUCGCCCGUCCCCGCCUACCUUCUGCCAUCCUGCUGGCCAUUGGCGGCUGGAGUGGCCCAAGCGCCACCGAGUGCAUCGAGAUGUAUGAUGUCCACGCCAACUGUUGGGCCUACCUGUUUGAACAUAUGGACCAACCCCGAGCAUACAGCGGCGCCACCUUUCUCAAUGAUGCCAUCUACUGUCUGGGUGGCUUCGACGGCACAGAACAUUACAACACCGUCAGCCGCUUUGACCUGAAAACGUGCACAUGGCAGGAAGUGGCACCCAUGCACUCCCGCCGAUGCUAUGUGAGUGUCACAGCGCUGAACGGGUGCCUCUUUGCAUUAGGGGGCUAUGAUGGACAUGUAAGACUAAAGACAGCGGAGUACUACACGCCUGAAACCAACCAAUGGACUCUUAUCACCAGUAUGCAUGAACAGAGGAGUGAUGCCAGCUGCACCACCCUUAAUGACAAGAUUUACAUUUGCGGUGGUUUUAAUGGAAAUGAGCCCUUGCAAACAGCAGAAUAUUACAGCCCAGAGACCAACGAGUGGACCAUGAUGGCCCCAAUGAGCAGCCGCCGCAGUGGCGUUGGAGUCAUUGGGUUUGCUGACCACGUUUACGCAGUUGGAGGUUACGAUGGUGAAGUCCGUCUGACCAGUGCCGAGGCCUACAACCCUCGGACCAACAACUGGAUUGUAUUGCCGUCCAUGCAAUGCCCCCGAAGCAACUUUGGCAUCGAAGUAGUGGAAGAUUGUCUUAUUGUUGCUGGAGGUUACAAUGGUGUCUCCACCACCAGCCAUGUGGAGUACUAUGACUUAACGACUGGUCUAUGGUCUCCAGCCAGCGACAUGCGGAUUUCUCGUAGCGGUCUGACUUGUUGCGUGAUGACCGGACUCUGCAACAUGAACCAAUGUGCUGUCGUUCGAAACGAUCUACCGUUGCUCUUCCUGGAAGACGAUAUAACAGAAAUGGACGAUGUCUAAACGUAAAGUGUAAACUGCCCUGAGAACUCAAAUAAAACAGCUUCACAACAAAGAGGGGAAAAUGAAUAAAAGAGCAAAAACACAUAACUGCAAAACAUGCUGACUCAUUGUUUUUUAUUUUGUGACUUUCUCUGACGUAUGAACAAAUAUACAAAUAACACA